AUGGGCGAAAACACCCGCGUCGCCACCAAAUCGGCGCUGACUGCCACCGCCUUCCCUUCGCCGUCCUCGGCGUCGUCGUCGUCGUCCUGCUCGCCUGGUCGCGGCGCGGGCGCCGCCGGGGGCCUCCGGUUGGAGGCGGUGAUGGAAAACCUGCAGCGGGCGCAGGCGGCGCGCCUGGAGGAGAAGCUGCGCCGGGCGCAGUCGGCCCAGCCCGGGCCCGCAGGAGGAGGCGGUGGCGGCCACCCCCAGUCUCCCGGGCUGUCGCCGUCGCCGUUGCGCUCUGCGCUGGAGACGCGCGUCCCGCAGCAGCAGCAGCAGCCGGGCGGCGGCCCGACGGCGACCCCGUUGGCGCUGCGCCACUUUCCGGCCGGCGUGCGCUGCGGCGGGGGGCUGGCCUCGACCCGAGCCCCGCCGCCGCCCAGGCGCCCCUCGCCGGAUGCCGCCGCCGCCUCCCGCAACCGCCCCGAGGCCGAUCGCCGCUCUGCCUUGCGCCACGAGGAAGAGGAGGGCGGCGGCGCGGAAGAGGACGAAGACGAAGAGGAGGACGAGGAGGAAGCGGAGGAGGACGAGCCGGAGGAAGAGGAAGGCUCCGCCGCCGCCCCCACCGCAGAGCCCCUCCACUCGCAGCGCCCCGCCGCCGCCGCCUCGCCGUCGGUCCUCCCCGCCACCCAGCAGCAACAGCACCACGAAUGGACCUACGAGGAGCAGUUCAAGCAGCUCUACGAACUGGACAGUGACCCCAAACGCAAGGAAUUCCUGGACGAUUUGUUUGGCUUCAUGCAGAAGAGGGGGACUCCUGUGAACCGGAUCCCCAUCAUGGCUAAGCAGGUCCUGGACCUGUACACCCUCUACCGGCUGGUAACGGAGAAAGGGGGCCUGGUGGACGUCAUCAACAAGAAGAUAUGGCGGGAGAUCACCAAAGGCCUGAACCUGCCCACCUCCAUCACCAGCGCGGCCUUCACCCUCCGCACCCAGUACAUGAAAUACCUCUACCCCUAUGAAUGCGAGAAGCGUAGGCUCAGCUCCCCCGGCGAGCUGCAAGCAGCCAUCGAUAGCAACCGGAGGGAGGGGCGGCGGCAGACCUUUGGGACGACGCUCUUCAGCUACUCCCCUGCAGGCACCCCGGGCAUCUUGGCUUCCCCCAAGAUCCCCAUGCCCUCUCUCACCAUCUCCACACACAACUGCGGCCAGAUCAACCAAGUGCACGCCAUCAAGAAAGAGGAGAGCAUUCUUUCGUCGGCGGUGCCCAGCCGCAUCGCCAUCCCUGUCAGCCUAGCCGGGCAUCGCUUGGUGGCAGCGCAAGCGGCAGCCUCUCAGGCCGCUGCCCUGGAGCACUUGCGGGAGAAGCUGGAGACAGGGGAGCCACCUGAGAAGAAGGUGGCGCUUGUCGCAGAGGAGCAGCAGCAACUGGUCCAGCGGGCCCUCCAGCAGAACCUCCUGGCCAUGGCCUCCCAGUUCCCGGUCAAUAUCAAGAUCAGCAACCGCGGGGAUGACAGACAGGAGGCUGCAUUGAACCUGCCCAGCAACAACGGCAUUGGCAGCAUCAACAUGUCAAUAGAAAUAAAUGGAGUUGUCUACACAGGUGUGCUGUUUGCCCGGAGGUCCAGCGUCACAGGCAGCGCUGGGGGUACCCACAGCCAUGUCAGCCCGGUGACAUCACAGAGCCAGCUGCUGUCUACAGCGUCACGCGGUCACACUCCGGCUGGCACCUCGCCAUGAGGGGAGAACAUCCCAAGAGCCUCCUACCUCCAUCUCCUGGACCUGGUGCCAGAGUCCUUGGACAGCCGAGAUAUGCAACUGUUGCCCCUGUGCCAGAAAAGCCCGGUGAAGGGCAUCCGGGGUUGGUUUAGCAUGGCUAGGCUCUGCGGCCCCAUCCAUUCCUGCCAUGUGCCCUGGGGGGGAUUUCUGGGCAGGGCAGGAGACAGGAUGGAGACGGACACUUGA